CCCAUUUUAUUGUAUUUUAUUGGAAGGGCGCUCGGGGCCCUGUCAUGUGAUAGCGUAGCGCCCACAGACUACAUCAUUGCAGUCCGCCUGCCUUCGGAGACUUCUCCCUGGCUUCCGCAUGGUAUAAUCCAGAGCCGUCCUGCGAACGGGGACGCUUUCUUUUCCCACCCCACCAUGACCUCGAAGGAUUGGCAGAAACUGUGCGCAGAGCGCAAGGAGAAGCAACUGCAAUCUAUCCCGAAGGAAUGGCUUAUUGAGACCCCGCCCGAGAGUCAGGCGAAUGUCCUGGACGUACCAAAGACUUGUGGUUUAUUGACAGAGCGUGAGCUGGAGAUAACCAAUACGACUGACGUCGACACUUUGCUCGGAAAGCUCGCUACCAGCCAAUGGUCGGCUGUGGAAGUCACCACGGCAUUUUACAAGCGUGCGAUCGUUGCGCAGCAAGUGACAAACUGCCUGACUGAAAUAUUCAUCGAGAAAGCGCUUGCGCGAGCCAAAGAGGUCGAUGAGUACCUGCAGCAGACCGGCAAGACCAUCGGGCCCCUGCAUGGUCUCCCAAUCUCCCUCAAGGACCAAUUCUGCAUCAAGGGAAUGGAUACCAUUAUGGGUUAUGCUGGGUGGAUAAACAAGCCCGCCAAGAAGGAUUGCGUUCUGGUCGAGAUCCUGUACGACGUCGGCGCGAUCCCUUUCGUGCGGACCAACGUGCCGCAGACGCUGUUGUGGGGCGAGACCUACAAUCACGUCUUCGGACAGACGACGAAUCCGAUUAACCGGUACAUGACCCCCGGUGGCUCCAGCGGCGGUGAAGGGGCCCUGGUCGCCAUGCGCGGCAGCCCACUCGGCGUUGGCACCGACAUUGGCGGAUCUGUGCGCAUCCCCAGUGCAUUUUGUGGCUUAUACGGCUUCCGGCCGAGCUACGAACGCCUGCCGUAUCAGGGUGCCGUGAACGCCCAGGUCGGGCAGGAGAGCAUUUCGUCUGUGCUCGGCCCGAUGACAAACGCACCCUCCGGCGUGCGCCGCUUCACGAAGGCCAUCAUUGACGCGAAACCAUGGAACCGCGACCCGCUCGCGGUGCGCAAGCCAUGGAAUGGCCGCGAGUAUGAGCUCGAGGAGCACGGACAUGGCCUAGGCAUGUGUAUCGCCAUCAUGUGGGACAACGAUGUCGUGAAGCCCCACCCGCCGCUUAUCCGCGCGAUGGAGAUAACAAAAGCGGCGUUGGAGGCCGCAGGGCACAAAGUAAUUGACUGGAUUCCGCACCGCCACAUGGAAAUUUAUGUGAACACGGAGCGCAUCUUUGCGGCAGACGGCGGACAUGACUAUCGGACUGAUUGUGAGCUGUCGGGCGAGCCGCUGAUCCAGACCAUGAGCCCCACAGAGGACGCACACGAGUAUGCCCUGGAUCAACCGCUGGCCAAGACUGUCAUUGGGAAGCCAGUCCUCAUUUCCGCAUACGAUCUCUGGCAGCUCCACAGAGAGAAGCGUGAGCUGCGUAAAUCCUUUUUGGAUUACUGGGAGGCGACAAAGGCCACGACUGAGACCGGCCGCCCAGUGGAUGCGAUAAUUAGCCCGGUGGCGGCGUAUACCGCCUGCCCGCACGGUUGCAACUCCGAUGCAUUCUACACGACCCUGUGCAACUCGCUCGACCUCACGACAUAUACGUUCCCUGUUACGUUCGCGGACAAGGAGCUCGACAAGAAGGCGCCACCUCACGAGUUCAGGAACCAUGAGGACGAAGCGAUAUACCACCUAUACGAUCCCGAACUGUUCCACGGCCUCCCUGUCUGUCUGCAACUCACCGGGCGCACACUAGAGGAGGAGGGCGUCAUUGGCAUGACCGAGGUUGUAGACCGGGCUUUGAAGGCAUACAAAUCCAUGUAAUAGUAAAUACUACAGAAUCCUGGAGUAUAACAGUUGUAGUAACAAAAUGCACAAAUACAAACAUGCACCGUACUACAGCUAAUGCUCAUAAUACGCCACUAAUAGUACAGCAAAAAACAAGAAGCACAGCCAAGAUACAGAACUGAGCGGACGCGGUCAAGGGCCAAGAAUGAAACACUUCCUAUAGGACUUCUAACCAUUUCUUAUGAAUCAUGAAUCGGAUGUAGAAACCUCCGGUAACAGUCUUCGUGACACCACCCGUCACCGCACAUGCCUUGAUCUCACAUAGCGUCCGGAAUGCGACGUCGAAUGGGAAGCGUGACCAAUGAAUACCGGCUACCUCGUAAUCGUGAAGGUAGGCGUAUGAGGCCAUGUAUCGAAGGAGCUCCUGGUCGCUCUGCUCGUAGAAACCUUGGUUGCGCAAUUCAGUCAGGAGUGACCGAUAAUCCUUGGAACUGUUACGGAGGCGGUCCUGCCGCUCCUGGAUCGGAAGGUGAGAAAUCCUGCUGCCUUCCAACCACGUUAUUCGCUUCUCCUUCACGCCCUUCAUGAUGGCUUCUGCGAGUUCAUCUAGACGGUCACCUUUGGACUCCAGUAACUUCUGUAAAUCCUCGACGAUGCCCAUCGUGAGUUCUUCCUUCCGGCCUUGGUCAGCCUCUUCAAAUCCUGAUGUCCGGCUCAGGUGGGCGCUAAUGACCGCCGCGAGAUUGCUCGUGCGACCUUUUCUCAGCUCCCGAGAUCGAGUCGCGCGCUCCUGGAGCUCGUUCCACGGCUUAACAAGGUCGGCAUCCGGUGUCACGUAACUUGCUGCUCGAAGCCGUUCGUUGAUCACGUCUUCCAAUCGGCCUUUUUCUACCUCCAAAAACUCCCUCAGCCCGUCCAUGACGAAUUUCCUGGAUGCCUUCUUGGGAAUCCACACCUGAGGCACCUUCAACUUUGGAGAGAUGAUCUCUCGUUUCCAUGCUGGCUUCCCUUGGGCUUCGUAGUGCUUCUUGUCCUUGCCCCACUGUUCGGCCUUGACCGUGACACCGGUUUUGGAACCAUCAAGAACAGCACAAAAUCUGAGAACAUCG